AGAUACUUGGUAAGAUACAAUGGUGUGCGCUUUUAGUUAUGCAGCCAUUCUCAUCCUUCUUCUGCAGAAUGGAUAUAUCACUGGAUUGAUCACUGGCUGGCCGGAUGGAAAAUAUGGUCUGUUAAAACCUUCCACUGGCUGUCCUGAAGAAUGGACAGACAAAGAUUGGAAUUACGUGAAUUGGCGGUUGGGGUACAAGGGGUGGACAGAUAAAGGAUAUAUCCUUCAAAACACAGAUGACAAUAAUCCAAAUAAGAACAGCUCACAGACCUUGAAUAUCGAAGGACAUGUCGGCCCAAGCUUCGUCUUGAGGUACUUUUGUGUUAAAAGAACUGAUGUGAAUUGGCAAUCGAUAAAAUGGCCACAAGGAAAAUACUGUAUUUUCUAUAAACAACAAGAGCAUUCGGGAUGGAUUCAAAUGUUUGAUAGGGAUAAUGGCUAUGAGCACUCAACCAACUAUGUUGAUGAUUUUGCUUACCAAUGGCAUAAUUCAAUCGAAUUCCACUUUUCCUGUCAAACAAGAGGCAACAAAAAGAUUCCAAUCUCGUUACCGAUAACCAAACCAUUUUAUCUGCUGCCUUAUGGGUCACGUGACUGUCAACAAGUCAAAUGGAUGGUAGCUACAACUGAAUGGAUCAAGUACUAUACAAACAACUAUAAAGGGAAAUCUUAUAAGUACGGGAGAGUGCCAUAUCAUAAACUUGGUGACAGGAAUCAUAAUAGUGGAAUCACCAUGCAUUACUGCUAUUAUGAAAGUAAGCAAGUGCUGAAUACUUAUUUUAUGAUUAUCUUGGAUGACCGAGUGGAGUACUGGGUACGAGCUUGAUAAGUAUUUAUUAAAAAACUCACCAUUAUUUCGAUGUUUGAAAUAUAUCUAUUAAUGGAAAUGAUAAUAGCAAACAGUACCAGCUAUUUGGAAUCAAAAAUAUGA